AUGUCGAGCUCUGUGUCCCACCUUACGAACGACCUGGUGCUAUUACCAGUUCCAUCGCAACGCUCGGCUUCCUCAUUCACUGCUACAUCCAACUCCGAGUCCAAAGAUGCUCUGCGCUCACUCUAUCUCUCGCUGACGCCGCCUUUGUCCUCAUCAUCCAUCUCAGAUGCGGUACAGUUUCUUCAGCAGCACGAGUUCAGCACCAGUGGGCAGUCACUAGGGGCAACCGACGACGAAGAGCGCAGCAUAUAUGAAGCCGUUGUCGGCAAGCUGGCAGCAGGAAUCUACGCUCAGGCUCUCGAUACCUUCUUGAACGAGGCCAGUGCUGCAGAGUCUGAGGGAGAUUGGUGGGCGGACGUCGAGCGUUCGCAGCUCAAUGCCGCAUAUUACCUAUUACAGACUCUUCCAAAGCGCAUCUUUGACCUCUCUGUGGAGGUACAACGUGCACUCCGAACACAGAGUCGUCAAUUCCACAUGUCAAUGCUCCGCCCGUCCCAUCUAAAUCGGGUCCUGUACACAGACGACAAACCACACAAUGCAAUCCUCACGACUCUCUUCCCUCAUCUACAUACGCAUCCAUAUGCUAUGCCUUUCUCGGCCUUCCGCUUGCAUACGCCGCUACCGACUCCGGCAUCCCUAACCCUCGCGCAGUCGAAGUCCGCCCUUUCGUCCUUCGUACACGCCGUUGCGCACUUCUUCAAGUCAAUACCAUUCUUCUUGACGCUACCUCUCGAGCUUACCCGACAAGAAUGCGCUGUCAAACGUCGCGAGCUCGAGGCACUGCGCGACUCGCGGGCUGAAGUGCUUGGUACUCUGACGCUUCGACGCGAUUACCUUGCCUCUGCGCUCAGGACGGGCGAAAUCAAGGGCGCCAAGCUUCACUCGUUCGUCGAGAGUGUCAACCAGGUGGUUGCGGGAGAGGACUAUGGGCGCUCCCCCAAAGACAUCGCACCGAGCCAGCUUCUUGCGACUGCUCUGAACGAGACGCUGCCUAAACAUGUCGCCCUACAUCGCGCGCAAAUGCAAGAUAGUGGCCUCGCAAGGCCAGGACGAUGGACUCUGCGAUGGCCACGACUUGUCCUCGGCCCUCCGCUAGUGCUGCUGGGAAUCAGGCAGGCAUUCGCAUCGCGAGAGACGCUGGCGACGGUUGCGCACGACGCUCUGGAGACCAUACAUCGGUUCUAUCACGGGUGGCUGCUUGAUCCCAUCAAGGAUAUCCUGCACACCGUGCGUUCAGGCGGAGAGGAGGGCGUCAUCGUGCAGAAGGAGAGCAUUGACGCUGACCUUCAAUCGUUAUCGCGCAUGGCUCUGGAUCUCGCACGAGACAAACUCGGCUAUGGACAGGAGCAGCUCGUGGCAUUGGCAGACAAGGUCAAGCACGGCGACCUCACGCCCAUUCUUGAGAUCUACGAAGCGGAUAUCAAGAGCCCUGUUCGGUCGGCUGUCAGCGGCACACUCUUGCGCAACCUCUUCAUUCAAGUGCAAAAGGCGAAGGUUGACAUCGAUCAAGCGCUUGCCGGGAUUGAUAAGCUUCUCAAGUCACAAGAACUCACGUUCGCAUUCGUCGGUGUUGCACCUGCGUUUGCUCUGGUCUACCUAGCCGGCGGCGGACUACGUGCCGCUUGGCGUGGCGGAGCGGGUGCAGGACAGUACGGUGGCCGGCGGCUGCGCGCCAAAGCCUGGCUGGCAAUCCGCCGCACGGAACGUCUCCUCGUAUCCAAGCCGACAUCGGAUGACCACAUCGCGAGCAAAGACGCCAGCAUCCCGCCCCUGACCGCAGGCCUACUUCUACUCUCCGUCUCAUCGCUGCGCAGCUACGCCGAGCGGUGCCUUCCUGCGAGGUCUCGACUGCAGACGGGAUUCUUGGAAGACGUCGAAGAUUUGGAGAACCCGAGUCUGGAUAGGGAUGAGAAGGUCAAGGUCGUCGAGCGCAUGUGGAGGAACUGGGGCGAUAUUCUGGGAUGGAGAAGGGGUGCAGGGACCAUCGCAACACUAUAG